AUGGCUUCAGCAAUCCUAGGGAAUGUAAAGGAGGAGGUGACCUGCCCCAUCUGCCUGGAUCUCCUGACACAGCCUCUGAGCCUUAACUGUGGCCACAGCUUCUGCCAGGCCUGCAUCACAUCAAACUAUGAGUCCAUGAUGAGUCAAAAAGGGGAGAGCAGCUGCCCUGUGUGCAGAAUCAGUUACGAGUUUGAGAACCUGCAGCCUAAUCGGCAUGUGGCCAACAUAGUGGAGAGGCUCAGGGGCGUCAAGCUGAACCCAGAGGAGGAGCAGAAGGUGUAUCACUGUGCACGCCAUGGAGAGAAACUCCUACUCUUCUGUAAGGAGGACAAGACGGUCAUUUGCUGGCUUUGUGAGCGUUCUCAGGAGCACCGUGGACACUCCACAUUCCUCUUGGAGGAGGUUGUCCAGGAGUACCAGGAGAAGUUUCAGGAAAUGUUGCAAAACCUGGUGAUAGCCAAGGAAGAAGCUGAGAAGUGGAAAGUUGACAUCCAAACUGAGAGAACUUUCUGGAAGAGCAAAAUACAGAGUGAGGUAGAAAAUGUCCAGGUAGAGUUUGGAAAACUGAGAGACAUCCUGAACUCUGAGGAGGGGCAGGAGAUUCAAAAACUGAAGAAUGAGGAGGAAGUUAUUAUGAACAGCCUGACAGAGUCUGAAAGUGAGCUGAUCCCGCAGAGCCAGUUGGUGAAAGAUGUCAUCUCAGAUCUGGAACAUCGGUUGGGAGGGUCAACAGUUGAGAUGCUGCAGGAUAUGGAUGAUGUCAUGAAAAGGUGUAAGGACUUAAUGCUGAGGAAGCCAAAAACUUUCCCCAAGGAACAAAGAAGAGUAUUCCGAGCUCCUGAUCUGAAGGGGAUGCUGCAGGUGUCUAAAAAGCUGACAGACGUUCAAUGCUACUGGGUUCACCUGACACUGUCUCCAAGCAACAAUCCAAAUAUUGUCAUUUCUAAGGACCAGAGACAAUUAAGAUAUGUAACCCAAUACUGGCGCAAGUGUGGGAAUUAUCAUGAAGGUGUUCUGGGCUACCCACCUAUCACAUCAGGAAAACAUUACUGGAUGGUAGAUGUGUCCAAGAAAAGUGCCUGGUCUCUGGGUUUGUGUGAUGGAAAAUAUUUCGAAUGUGCAUCUGUCCCUGGACAAAGUAAAAAUAAUCAACCUACAUGUGGCUACUGGGUUAUAGGUCUUCACAGAUUUCAAUAUAAUGCUUUUUGGAAGAAAGGUGCCCAUUAUCCUUUGACCUUGGUCCUCUCUGUGACUGUUCCUCCACAACGUAUUGGGGUUUUCCUAGAUUAUGAGGCUCGUGAACUUUCAUUUUACAAUGUUACAAACCAUGGGUUUCUUAUCUAUAAAUUCUCCAAAUGUUCCUUUCCUAAAGAAGUUUUUCCUUACUUCAAUCCUGAGACAUGUCCAGAGCCCAUGACACUACACUGGCCAAGCUCUUGA